GCCAUGGAUUUCUCGCGGUUCCUGUCGGACGAGUUCGAGGUGAAGGGCUGGGUGAACGCGGCGUUCCGCGCCGUGCAGCAGGAGGAGGCGCCGGGCAAGGUGGACGCGCACGCCGCCACGCUGGUGAUGAAGCUGCAGCUCUUCAUCCAGGAGGUGAACAACGCCGUGGAAGAAACGAGCCACCAGGCUCUCCAAAACAUGCCCAGAGUCCUCCGUGAAGUGGAGGUCUUGAAACAGGAGGCAACAUUCCUGAAGGAGCAGAUGAUCCUUGUUAAAGAAGAUAUAAAGAAGUUUGAAGAAGACACAGCUCAGUCCAUGCAGGUGCUGGUGGAGAUUGACCAAGUGAAGUCCAGGAUGCAGUUGGCUGCCGAGUCGCUUCAGGAAGCAGACAAAUGGAGCACACUAAGUGCAGAUAUUGAAGAGACUCUUAAAACACAGGACGUGUCCCUGAUCUCAGCCAAGCUGACGAGCAUGCAGAGCAGCCUGGCCAUGCUGGUGGACACACCAGAUUAUUCAGAGAAGUGUGUGCACCUGGAGGCACUGAAGAACCGCCUGGAGGCCAUGGCCAGCCCUCAGAUUGUUGCUGCUUUUAACUCCCAGUCUGUAGAUCAGGCAAAAAUGUUUGUUAAAGUCUUCACAGAAAUUGAUCGGAUGCCGCAGCUUUUGGCUUAUUAUUACAAGUGUCACAAGGUGCAGCUGGUGGCCGUGUGGCAGGAGCUGUGCCAGAGUGACCUGAGCCUGCAUCGGCAGCUGAGCGAGCUCUAUGACACCCUGCUGGGGACCUGGCACUGCCAGCUGCAGUGGGCAGCACAGGUUUUCAAGAACCCCCAUGAGAUCGUGACAGUGCUGUUGAUUCAGACCCUGGGAGCCCUGGUGCCGUCCAUCCCCGUGUGCCUGAGCACUGCCAUGGAGAGCACAGCCCAGGACGCCAGGCUGGCCCAGCUGCUGGAGCUCCACGACGCCUCCGUGCACUUCGCCAAGGGGCUGGAGGUGGCCAUGCUGCCAAACCUCAAGGAGCAGAACCUGGUGAAGGUGAUGGAGCUGGUGGAAGUGGUGUUUGCUCCGUACAAGCCCUAUCAGCUCGAGUAUGGAGACCUGGAAGAGGAGAAUCUGCUCAUCCAGAUCAGUGCAGUGCCCUUGGAGCAUUGGGAAGUGAUUGAUUGUGUCCAGGAACUGAACCACUCGGUGAACAAACUCUUCAUCCUGGCGGGCGGAGCCGUCGACAACUGCCUCAAGCUCACGGAUGGCCUGGGGGUGUGUGGGCUGCUGAAGGCCCUCAAGGCCCUGUUCUCAAAGUACACAUCUGACUUCACAAACACACUGCAGUCCAUACGAAAGAAAUGCAAGCUGGAUGAUGUGGUGGCAGAUUCCCCGUUCCAGGAGGACUGGACUGCAUUCCAGAGCUCUGUCCGGAUAAUUUCCACUUGUGGUGAGCUCCUUCAUCAGUGUGGAGACUUUGAGCAGCAGCUGGCCAACAGGAUUUUGUCAGCUGCUGGGAAGUAUCUCUCAGACUCCUACAGCCCUUGCAGUUUUUCUGGCUUUCAGGACACCAGUUCUGCAGAAAAGAAGAGCUCCAUAAAAAAUCCCUGGCAGGAAUACAAUUAUCUCUUGAAGGAGAACCCAUCUGAGUAUGCCAGCCUUAUGGAAACACUUUACACUCUGAAGGAGAAAGGCACCAGCAACCACAACCUGCUGGCCUCGUCCCGAGCAGCCCUGAGCCGCCUGAACCAGCUGUGCCACCAGCUGGCCUUUGACUCCGUGUUCCUGCGCAUCAAACAGCAGCUGCUGCUGCUGCCCAGGAUGGAGGGCUGGAGUUCUGGUGGCAUUGGUGAGACCCUGACAGAUGACCUGCCAAACUUCAGCCUGACCCCUCUGGAAUAUAUCAGCAAUAUUGGGCAAUACAUUAUGUCUCUUCCUCUGCACCUUGAGCCAUUUGUCACUCAAGAGGAUUCUGCUUUGGAACUGGCAUUACAUGCUGGAAAACUGCCAUACCCCCCAGAGCAAGGUAGGGUGAGUAAAACCCAGGAGGAGCCUCUAAAUCAUGAGUAAAAUGUUUUUUGGUUUCAUUCAGACUGGUAGCUUUGGCUUGGUCUGUGUGAGUUUGGUGUUCAUUUAAACGAUGGUUUGGGGUUUCAGGAGUUCUGUUGGGUUUUGGCUCCUGUUCAUGCUCCAGGGGGCUGUUACCUGCUGUGUCCCUAAUCCUGCUGCAGGUAACUGCAGCAGCCACCUAAUGCCCUUCCCUGCAGGCUGGCAGUGUGGCAUGGUGUGCUGGGCUUGGUCUCUUUAUGGUGUUGUUAUUUCCACAGUGAGGAAAGCAUAGAGCUUGGUAUUUACAGUCUUCCUGGAACCUUCCAAAAACACCCUCCUUAGUUCAGGCUUUUGCAUUAUUAUUGUGUCACCUUCAAGCGUUUUCAUGUAGUGGCUUGAUAAUUUUCAGAACACUAAUGAACACAGACUGCCUUUAGGGCUGGGAAAAAAACUCUUGUCAUUCUUUGUGAAUCUUGUGAAUCCUUGUCACUGCUGUGGCUUGCAAAGUGCUCCUGGAAGAGGAUCCUUGGGAAGUGCCAGGCAGUGUCCUGUCCCACUUGUCACCCAUCAGCCCUUGGGAAGUGACUUACCUGGAGAGUGACCCAGGUGCUUUGGGUCUGGAGCUCGUGUCAGUGGUGUGCAGCACAGGGAGGGUACAGGGCUGCUUUGAUUGCUCCAAAACCAGCUGAUAAACUCUGCCUAGAUGUCCUGAAGGAGCAGUUCAGGCGUUAUUAACCAGUUAUGGUUCUGUGUUGUACAGACACAGCCAGGGCGGGGUCUGUGUGUGUGCAGAGCUGACAGGGGCUGUCUGUCUGUCUGUCUGUCUCUGUGCAGGGGAUGAGCUGACAGGGGCU